CGCACUCGUUCCACUCGCCUUUUGCAAAGUGAGCCCAUGCUGUCCGCGCUGCGGGUGCGGGGCUACCGUAGACCCAAAUGCACGCUCUGGGCAGUUCGGGGCAGCGUCGGUUUCAGCAACAGCUCCCGACGCCGCUGAAACGAGCCGUCGGUCACGGGCUGCAGGGGCGAGGCAAGGCGCCCUGCAGAGGAACAAGUGGAAACGGUAGGAGGCUUUCCUCCCGUGGCGGAGGAUGGCUGCUAGGGAUGAGCCCAGUUGAGAAAAGGCGUGUGUGAGGGAUGCCCCGUUAUUCCUGAGCUGCUACUGCUGAAGAGAGGGAAGGUUUGGUGCGAGGUUUUGUUUUUUUUAUCUGGUUCUGGAGGUGGGGCGCCGGGGGAUGCCUGCACCAUCCCAACUACGCACUUCUCUGCAUCUGCUCUUGGAUCCACCCGCCCCGUUUAUCCCGGAGGUUUGGUGAGGGCACUUUAUCACCCCUCUGCUCCGCCCCGCCCCACCCGUUGCUCUCAGUGUGGUGCUGUGCUCGCCCUGGGUGCGUCAUCCAGACAGUUGUACUUGUACUUUACUCUCUUCUCGCCUUCUUUCCGGGCUCUUGCAAGCCAGAUCGUCCCGGCUGCCCUGCCUUCUCCAAGGGAGAAGGGUGCACCUUGUUAUCCGGGGAAGAUACAACUACAGCGCCCAAUGGAACCUGUUUUGGGACGGGCGCUUCUGCUGCCGGUUCUUCGUGGGGCAAGGAAGCCACCGUUCUCAUUGUAUAUGGCUGGACUCCUGUGAGCCCCCUCCCCCUUUCCAGGAUCUUCUGCAGGCUGACUCGGAUGCCGCCUUUUAUAAGUUCCGAUGUCACUGUCUAUCCUUUGCCCCAGUCCCUUGAGUGUAGGUGUGGCUGCCGCCGUCUCUCCGCUCCUCUGAAGGAAGACCCCCUUGCCCGAAGGUGCCUCUGUGAAACUACAGAAUUCCAAGUUGACUUUCGGUUGAACUAAGGCUGAAGAACUACUGGAUCUCUCCUCCCCUCCCCGCCUUGUCUGCUCCCUGGGAAAAGAUGUCCAGAGGCCAGGAGAGAAAGUGAGUGAAGGGUUUCAUUGACCUCAGAAUGCCCCACUUUACCUUGCCCUGCUCUCCUUUCUUCUGAACAAGAGCUAGCAGAAGAAACUUUUGGAGAAGGAAGAGCUGGCUUUUCUCUUUACACAAAAACUCUUAUUCCUGGAUUCUGAAAGCUGUUUGAAUCCCCUGGCGACUCAGUUGCCUACCUGGCACAGAGGAGCAAUUGCAUUCGUCGAGGAAAGGGGUUAUUUAAGGACCCUCAGGGAUUGAGGGACAGGUCCUGCUUAAAGAAGAGGCUUCAAGGGGACCCUUGCCUCAUUUCACCUGCGGAUGUGCUCAGAGCAAGCUUGAGGAUUUUUCCCUGAGGGAAUUUGGAAGCUUCAUCUUUUUGCUGUGACAUCAGGAAGAAACUUUGUCCACCAAAAUGUCCAAAGUGGUGGCUUCCAGUGGAGCUGGAACCUCGGCAGCAUCAGAGAGUUGUGGGGCAGGGCUGCCCGAAGACCUCUCUAAGGUGUCUGAUGAGGACCUUCUGAAAUGGAGCAAAGAAGAUCUCAUUCGUAGCCUUCGUAAAGCUGAGUCAGAGAAAGUGAGUGCCAUGCUGGAUCACAGCAAUCUCAUCCGGGAGGUCAACCGCCGCCUGCAGCUCCACCUGGGCGAGAUCCGGGGGCUUAAGGAUAUCAACCAGAAAUUGCAAGAAGACAACCAGGAGCUGCGAGAUCUUUGUUGCUUCUUGGAUGAUGACCGGCAGAAAGGCAAAAAAGUAUCCCGCGAAUGGCAGAGGCUUGGGAGGUAUAGCGCUAGCAUGAUGCAUAAAGAGGUUGCCUUAUAUUUGCAAAAGCUGAAGGAACUAGAAGUAAGGCAGGAAGAAGUUGUGAAAGAAAACUUGGAGCUGAAGGAGCUUUGUGUCUUGUUGGAUGAAGAAAAGGGUGGUGUUGCUGGCUGCCGAAAUUCAAUUGAUAGUCAAGCCAGUCUUUGCCAAUUAAAUGCCACAAGUACAUUCAUCAGGGAUGUUGGAGAUGGGAGUAGUACCUCCAGUACUGGGAGCACUGAUAGUCCUGAUCACCAUAAGCACCAUUCAAGCUCAAGUCCUGAGCACCUCCAGAAAACAAGGAGUGAGGGAAGUCCUGAGCAUCAAAAGCACCGGAGUGCUAGCCCUGACCACCUCCACAAACCUCGAAGUUCUGGAAGUCCUGACCACCAGAAGCAUCUGAAAGGACCAAGUCCAGAGCAUCAUAAAACCCUUACCAAAGGUACUUCAGAGCAGCAGAAGCACAGUUGUAGCAGUCCAGAAACACUGCCAAAGCACAUGUUGAGCGGGAGCCCAGAACACUUUCAAAAGCAUAGGCCUGGGAGCAGUCCAGAACAUCAAAAGCACAGCAGCAGUGGAAGCCCCGAACUUCUUCAAAAGCAUGCUCUGAGUGGAAGCUCAGAACACCUCCAAAAAGUGAGGGGCACAAGUCCUGAACAUCUCAAACAGCAUUACGGGGGAAGUCCCGAGCAUCUCAAACAUUUGGGCAAUGGCAGCAGAGAAGGAACCUUAAGGAGACAAGUUGCAGAUGAUCUGUCACCCCAUCACAGGGGCCUCUACAAUGGGAUGAAUGAAUCAACCUUGUCCUAUGUUAGGCAGCUGGAAGCAAGAGUAAGACAGCUGGAGGAGGAAAAUCGCAUGCUGCCCCAGGAUCCCAUUAGGAUGCCAUCAGAGGCAGAUGGGAAUGUCUGUUCUCCGAACCAUCCAGCUAGCUUCAAUGAACAGGCCUCCUUAUCUUCUCAGCAGCCUGAAGCGAUGGUUAAUGCCCUCAAGGUUGUGUGGAGGAAACUUGGAGAUGCUGCAGGCUCGUGUCCUGGAAUUAGACAGCACUUGUCUGGAAGCCAGUACAAAGGGCCAAUGUGAAUGGCUGUCAAAACAAGGAAGGAUUCCAAGUAUCAGUGGACAUUGCAGCAACCCUUUUAGUAGUAAUGGGACAAUGCCAAACACUUUCUAGGCCACCACUGGAAAAUAGAAGUCUCUUCAUAGACGUUUGUGUGAUGUAUCCAGAUCUGCAACUAAUAUACUCCAUUCUGCUUUUGCCACAAGCAUUUUCAAUACACACACACACACACACACACACACACAGAGAGAGAGAGAGAGAGAGAGAGAGAGAGAGAAAGGGAGGGAGGGAGGAAGAGAGAGAGAGAGAGAGAACAAUCAUCAAGGUUGUUCACAUUAAUCCAGAUGGAAAACUCAGAGAAAGUUCUUUCGUAAAAAGAAAAGAAAAAGAAAAAGAAAUCAAGAGAUUCCAAUGAAUUAUGCUCUUGGUCUUCACAGUUUCAAAAAAAAAAAAAGAAUUCUCUAUAUUUCAUUGUAUGAAAUAUUGACUAAUGGUGAAUAGCCAACUGGCUGAUGUUGGGAUGUUAGGAUUAUUGCUAAAUGCCCCAAACCUUCAAGUCUCAAAAGAGCCAAUAGUGUAGCAAGAGAAAAACUACAUAUAUAAGCACUAAAAUUGUGAUGCCUCAUUGCUCUAAAAA